AGGUAUCCCUCAGUCACCACAACCACGAACAUGGAUCCAGCCAGCCAGGCGCUCGCGCAACGUCUGCCUGAUGGUGUGCGUGAUACAUUUGCUACUCGAUCAGAGCACGGCGAUGUCCCUAUCUCAACUCUGAUCCACCGUAGGCUUGGACGACGCUCACGAGCAGAGCAGGCU